GAAAGAGUAGCACACUGACGAACACAACACACCUGAAACAGGCAGAAACAGGCAGAAAAACGGCAGAAGAUGGAAGCAGUUAAGAGCUGGAGGUCAGACUGGAGGUAUCCCACCACUCUGCUGUGCAUCUAUGGAUUCUUCAGCACAGUUAAACCCCUGGAGCCUUUCCUCAUCCCAUACCUGACAGGGCCGGACAAGAAUCUCACAACAGAGCAGGUUAAUAAUCAAAUUUUCCCCGUGUGGACGUACUCCUACUUGUCUGUGCUGGUGCCAGUGUUCCUGCUGACGGACUGGUUGCGUUACAAGCCUGUGGUGGUGUUCCAGUGUGUUAUGCUCUUCAUCACCACAGCGAUGAUUCUGUGGACCAAAACUGUAGCAGCCAUGCAGGCCAUGCAGUUCUUCUACGGGGUGGUGACAGCCAGCGAGGUGGCCUAUUUCUCCUACAUCUACAGUGUAGUAGAUCUGAAACGGUACCGGAAGGCCACCUCUUACAGCCGCAGUGUCCAGCUGCUGGGGUAUACGGUGGGCUCUGUUCUGGGUCAGCUGCUCGUCAGCUUCGACCUCAUGUCCUACAACAACAUAAUGGUGCUUACUCUGGUUCUCACUGGCAUCGCUCUCCUCUCUUCCUGUCUCCUGCCAAUGCCAGAGCAGAGCAUGUUCUUUCAUCGCAGACAUACAAGACAGAAAACAGCAACAGAGGCAACAAAGAGCGACAGAGAUGGGACUGUGGAUGCAACAGAGCACACAAGUAGAGUAAAGACCUCCUCGGAAGACACGCGAGAUGAAAGGGUGGACAUAAGCAGAGAAACAGAGGAAGUUGCUGUCAAAGGACAAGAUGAAAAAGUGCCUAAAGCUGUGGACUUUGAGGAAUCGGUUGGUGCAGAAGGCUGCAGCCAAGUUCUCCUGCAGCUGUGGAGGGACUUCUGCCAGUGCUAUUCCUCCAGACAGCUGCUGUACUGGUCAUUGUGGUGGGCAAUGGCCACCUGCGGGUAUAACCAGACUGUCAACUAUGUGCAGGUGCUGUGGGAGCAUGUGCAGCCUUCUCAGAACUUCAGUAUCUACAAUGGAGGCGUGGAAGCGGUGUCCAACCUGUUGAGUGCAGCUACAUCUUAUGGUAUAGGCUUCACUGAGGUGAGAUGGGAGAAGUGGGGAGAGCUGGCCCUGGGGGGUUUCUCUGGACUUGGGGCAGCUGCACUUUUCCUUAUGACGUCAAUCAACAACAUAUGGGUCUGCUACACCAGUUACGUCAUUUUCAAGUGCCUCUACAUGCUGCUGAUAACAAUAGCCAUGUACCAGAUUGCAGCUGACCUGACGAUGGAAAGAUAUGCACUAGUCUUUGGAGCAAACAACUUUGGGGCACUGGUUCUACAGACGAUUAUCACUUCUGUUGUGGUUGACAGUGGAGGAUUGGGCCUGGCCAUCAUUCCUCAGUUCACCAUAUACUCCAGCUACUUCUCAGUCAUUGCCGUUCUUUUUUCACUUCGGGGACUGUUUACCAUUUGGAAAGCGCAGAGAAACAAAAAAGAGACAAGUCCUCCAGACAAAAACGAAUCUCUCGUCCUUGACGAACACACAUUCUGACACUGCAAGCU